AUGGGCCGCCCUCAUCUGCGGCCCCGCCGCCCUCACCUGCGGCCCCGUUGCCGCCCUCACCUGCGGUCCUGCCGCCCUCAUCUGCGGCCUCGUUGCCACCCUCACCUGUGGCCCCACCGCCGCCCUUCGCUGCGGCCCGUCGCCGCCCUCACCUGCGACCCCGCCGCCCUCACCUGCGGCCCCGUUGCCGCCCUCAUCUGCGGCCCUGUAGCCGCCCUCAUCUUCGGCCCCGCCGCCCUCACCAGCGGCCCCGUCGCCGCCCUCACCUGCGGUCCUGCCGCCCUCAUCUGUGGCCUCGUUGCCACCCUCACCUGUGGCCCCACCGCCGCCCUUCGCUGCGGCCUGUCGCCGCCCUCACCUGCAACCCCGCCGCCCUCACUUGCGGCCCCGCCGCCAUCCAUUGCUGCAGCGCCGCCCGUCGCCUGA